AAUUUGUAAACGAGAGGUUACCGAAAUGGCGGAAAGGAGUUGUCGUAGAAUUGUGUAGAAAUUGUUAAACUGUUAUUUUGUAUGGAUUUGUUAAUCAGUGUAUGAAAAUGUUUAUGUAAAGUUGUGUUCAUUUGUAGACUAUAGUGAUGUUGUGGCCUAGCAUCGCGUAUUUACAUGCAGUUCCUUGAAGCACCUCACUAGCCAUGCCUCUGAAUGCAGACAUAUCUACCGCUCUCCAGUUGCUGGAACACAUACAGCACACUAUAGAUGUCAGCGAUGAUGCAAAGCUCCAGGCUCAGACUAAUGAUGACCUGAACCUACUCAUCUCGGUUCUAGAAAAUCCUAUCCUGCGUGGUAUCGUCUCGGUCCAGGAUUCACUGAGUGAGCUGAACCAGCAGCUGCAGCAGCACCCAUCCAUCUUGCCUGUGGACUUUGAUAUAACGCCAUGUGGUGACCUGGUGCUGAAUGUACCACCUCCAGUGGAUCUGUAUGAUCCAGGAUUUGGGCGAGAGUACCAGAAUCAUGAGUUUGAUGAUCAGAGAGUGCCUGUGGCAAAGUUGUCUCACAGCUCAUCUGGUGAUACCUCAUCACCACAGAUCACUAGUCCCAGUUUGGCCCCCGAGGAUGUGGCUCUGCCCCCUAUUACAACUCCAACUUACGCGAUAGAGUUCCAGAAAGCAAUCAAGGCAUCCUCACGAGGCCGUGAAGUUCUCACUGUACAGUUGUUCAAGCCAGAAGGGAGCAGCCUCGGUUUUAGUGUAGUCGGCUUGCGGAGUGAGGAAAAGGGAGAGCUUGGGAUCUUUGUGCAGGAGGUCCAGAAUGCUGGCAUAGCAGGACGAGAUGGAAGACUUCGUGAAGGAGACCAGAUCCUAGCUAUCGAUGGCCAGCCACUUGACUCCAACAUCUCCCACCAACAGGCCAUCAGCAUCCUGCAGAAGGCCCGUGGGCUGGUGGAGUUGGUGGUAGCCCGCAGCGGGCCUGAAGAGACCCCCCUCACUCCACCAUCACCUUCUCCCAUCGACCGUUCCCCUUCAGCUGUCAGUGACACGUCAAAGGCCGGGUCCGACAUGGUGCUGAACACAGAGUGGGCACAGGUUGAGGUGAUUGAUCUGAUUAACGAUGGCUCAGGGUUGGGUUUUGGAAUUAUUGGUGGUCGCAGCACUGGAGUUGUAGUUAAGACCAUCCUGCCUGGAGGGGUUGCAGACAGGGAUAACCGCCUGCAAAGUGGAGACCACAUCCUACAGAUUGGUGAAGUUAAUCUGCGAGGUAUGGGCUCUGAGCAGGUGGCAGCAGUGCUGCGACAGUCUGGCAGCCAUGUUCGCCUGGUGGUUGCUCGGCCUGUUGAGCCCACGUCUCCAGACUAUCAGGCUCUAGGUAGUCAUGCCCCAAUUGUCCCCACAAAGAUCCUGGGAGAUCCUGAUGAGCUGGACCGCCACCUCCUCCAAAAUGGCUAUCCUGAGACAUUCAACCCCCACACACCAGGAGGGGACACGUAUGAUAGCCAGUUCAUCUUCAGCCAGCAGGACUCAGAGAUAGAGCUUCAUCCGGAACCAAACCUGGUUGUUGAUGUUGUGAGAAACCCUCAGCCCAUUGGAGCAGCUCCCCUGCUGACGACUACCCCCUCCCUCCCAAUCCUUACCAUGGACAUGAUGCCACUUGAAACACCACUCCCUGAAAUGGAGAAGUUUACCGUGGAACUAAAGAAAGACUACCAUGGUUUGGGGAUCACCAUUGCUGGAUAUGUCUGUGAGAAAGAGGAACUGUCUGGGAUUUUUGUAAAGAGCAUCAGUGAAGGUAGUGCAGCCAACUUGUGCAAGAAGAUCCAAGUUAAUGAUCGCAUUGUUGAGGUGGAUGGGCGCUCGUUGCAAGGAUACACGAACCAUCAGGCCGUUGAGGUGUUAAGGAGCACUGGGCAGACUGUCAAGUUGUGUCUUGAGAGGUACCUGCGUGGUCCCAAAUUUGAGCAGCUGCAGCAAGCCAUUGCCAACAGCGAGCUGAAACCCCCGACCCCUUCCUCACCCUCUGCAACAUCACUGCCUCGCUUCCCAGUCAGCACAGAUGGAGAGGAGACAGAGAUUGAGGUGGAGGGCGAGUCACACACAACGAUCGACUCCAUGGUGCUAGAGCCUCUGGAGGCCACAAACCCAGAUAUAGUGGAGGACAUGGAGGCGUUGAUCGAUACUAACUAUUCUGGCAAGCUGAAACCUGCAGUUGAGGCAGCUAUCAAGGCCAAGUGGGGGAAGAUCAUGGGACCAGACAUAGAAAUAGUGGUUGCACAGCUGUGCAAGUUUGGUGAGGGUGGGGGCCUGGGAAUCAGCCUGGAGGGUACAGUUGAUGUGGAGGACGGCCAAGAGGUGCGUCCACACCACUAUAUUCGCUCCAUCUUACCCGAGGGACCAGUUGGCAACAAUGGAUGCCUGCACUCUGGAGACGAGUUGCUGGAGGUGAAUGGACAUCGUCUGCUGGGCAUGAAUCACAUCGAAGUGGUAACCAUCCUGAAAGAUUUGCCAGUGAAUGUGAGGAUGGUGUGUGCACGGCGUCCUGGAGAUACAGCCCCGUAUCGACUGAUAGACACCUCUCAGGACAGAGCAGCGUUUGCGGCUAGAAGUAUUCUUGGAGGUAGCCUGCAGAACUUGAUCCCAGCAACAGAUCGCCUUGUGAAGGCCAAAUCAGACGGAUCGCUGGCUUCCACCACCACCACAGCAACGGCCACUGAUGCCAGCUUCUCCAAGAUGAAGUCACGAUCCCUUGAGCCACUGACUGGCUUGGCCAUGUGGAGCUCUGAACCCCAGAUAAUAGAGCUGACCAAGGGAGAACGUGGGUUAGGGUUCUCCAUCCUCGACUACCAGGACCCGAUGAACCCAAAUGAAACAGUGAUAGUUAUCCGGAGCCUUGUGCCAGGUGGCGUUGCUCAGGUUGAUGGCCGUCUCAUCCCAGGCGAUCGCCUGCUCUUUGUCAAUGACACUGGAUUGGAGAAUGCGUCACUGGAUCAAGCUGUCCAGGCACUGAAAGGAGCCCCUAAGGGAGUCGUACGAAUUGGUGUGGCGAAGCCUCUGCCCAUACCUGACAGCGUAUCCCACAGUCAGGAGCUUCUGGAAGGCCUCAGCCAGGCCACGCCCACUCUGGACGACCACUCCAUAUUCAGCAGCUCUGGCUCCCUCUCGCCCGACCUGGAAGACACGGAGCCCCCGCCAGUGCCUCAAAGUCCGCCACCAGGGUCAGAAGAUGAGGUAGAGCGCAGCACUGAUGAGGACAUCAGUGGUGACCUCCUGCAACUUAUGGUUCCGGUAGCUACAGAACGCCUCAUUGCCUCACACCAAACGCCUUCUGGUGAGCUGACAGAUGAAGAGCUAGAGGAGGAGGAAGUGGCAGCAGCAUGGGCAGCAGAUGUUCUGCAGCUUCCGUCCUCCCUCGAGCUGGACAUCCGAGUCCGUAAAGGGGCGGAACCCCUUGGUCUGAGCGUAGACUCUGUGGACAAAGGAGUGAAUGGUAUGCUGGUAGUGGCUGUAGCAGGGGGCGGGUGCAUAGCCCAUGAUGGCCGCAUUGUUCCUGGUGACUACUUGUUAUCUGUUAACAAUGAGAGUCUUCGCAAGGUGACUAACUCGCAGGCCCGUGCCAUCCUUCGACGAACGCAGCUCCUCUCAACAGAUAUAAGUGUGACGUACAUCCCGGGUGAAGCGGCAGCAGCCUACAGGAAGUCACUGCAGGACGCUGAGUCACCGUCUGUGCUGACAGCUCCACAGAAGCAGCCCCUGCAUAUAACUCCAAGGAUAUUCCCUGAAUACUACCGCUCGCCAUACAUACGUCAGGAGAGCGAGAAGGGUCCCGACAUUGUGCCGAGUGAAGAGCCUUUUGAAGGCCCUGCCGAAACAGUGUGUGACGUUGCAGUGGUUGCAGGAGUGACAGUAGAGUGUGCAGACUUAGAAGUGUCACUGCAGCCUGCACAGGACAGUGCUGAGCCUAGCAGUGUAGUUACAGUGCCUAGUAAAAGAGACUCGAUCGACGAGCAAAGUGCAUUAACCUCUAAACCUACUACCCCUUCAGAGACUAAGUUGCUACCUGAUUCAGCAAUGACUGUGACACAAGGUCAUGCUGUUACGGCCUCCUCCCCAUCCUCAGUGCUGCUGGCCAAGCACUGGGGUCCUGAGCGCUUGGUGGAAAUCCUCCGUGAACCCAACUGCAGCCUGGGAAUAAGUAUAGUUGGAGGAAAGGUUGACUUGUACAAUGCAGGUCCAGACAGUGGAUCCGCAAUCUCAGGAAUUUUCAUAAAGAAUGUGUUGCCCCAGAGUCCAGCAGGCCGAACUGGUGAGCUUAAGACUGGGGACAGAAUAUUGGAAGUGGAUGGCGUUGAUCUCCGGCAAGCCAGCCAUGAACGGGCUGUGGAAGUGAUACGUGGGGCGUGCAACCCUGUGUGCUUCCUGGUGCAAUCCCUCAUUCAGUGGAGUGUGGACGGAGAUGUUGAGAGUCAUACGACUGAAGUUGCGUCCGCAUCCUCCGCAGGAGCAGCUGGUGGUUCCGGACAGCCCCCCACCACUCCUUCCCCCACCAGAGAACUUCUAAGAGCGGCCCCUUCGCACGUUCCACAGGCUAGGACACCGAGCCCGGAACUGAUUCAGGAGGGGCUAGCUGACAGACAGAAGCAAGAUGUACAGGAAAAAUGGCAGGAUUCUAGUGCACUGCGCCCCUCAGAGCCCCAGAAGAAACCACAGUACUCAUCCAGCGAGGACAGUGAUGAGGAGGAGGAGGACAUCCGGGACUUGGAGGGGCGCAUCCACACCAAGAUGGGACGAGAGAUAUAUCGAGCCAGUGCUGGUAAUGUAAAGAGGUCCAAGGAGGAGAUAGAGGCAGACAAGGAGGAGGAGGAUGAAUUUGGUUACACCACAAAUAAGGUGAAGAAGAAAUAUGGAUCCCUGGGGCACUCUGUGUUGGCGGUGCAGCUGGAGCGGGGCCGGCAGGGCCUGGGGCUGAGUCUCGCGGGGCACAAGGACCGCAGCCGCAUGGCCGUGUUCGUGUGUGGCCUGAACCCCAACGGCGCGGCCUCUCGCUCGGGCGGCAUCCAGGUCGGCGACGAGAUCCUGGAGGUAAACGGUGUGGUACUACAGGGACGGUGCCACCUCAAUGCUUCGGCCAUCAUCAAGGGAUUGCCAGGGCCUAUGUUCAAAGUGAUUGUCUUAAGGCGGGAUGCUGCUCUAGAGGACUUAGCUGUGAAGCCCAUCACCCAGUUUCCAGUUACACUAGAUGAUGAGACGCCCGAGGAGCGGUACAGCAGCUUCAAAGGGCUUCGCACCAUCACUAUCAAGAAGCCGUGUUGCCUGGAGGCUGGUCCGAGCCCUACCCAGCAGGGAGCUCAGGGUCUGGGUAUCAUGAUAAUUGAAGGCAAACAUGCCGAGGUCGGUCAAGGUAUCUUUAUCUCGGACAUCCAGGAGGGCAGUGCUGCUGAACAGGCUGGCCUUAUUGUAGGGGACAUGAUUCUAGCUGUGAACAAGGACACACUCCUGGGAUCAGACUAUGACUCGGCUGCCUCUCUCCUGAAGAAGACGGAGGGCGUGGUCACACUGGUAGUGUGCAAUCCUAACAAAGUGAAAGAGGAAGAGAAAAAGGCUGCAGACGCAGAAGUUAAUAGUGCCACACCCGCACUAGAACCUAGUGCUGCUGCUACAGGAGUUUCACCCGCACCCAAGGAACCAGAGAAACCGAGAUUACUUCCGAAACCACAACUCUCAUCACUGAAACCACAAAAAUCUCCACCACCAAAAUCCAUUCAAACAAUGUCACCAAACUCUGGCCUUCCAACAAUUGAAACUCCGGCUGCACCCUCAAAAUCUCCUGCUACAACUCCUGGUUCGUGCCUGGGUCAUCUGUCCUCCCUUGCCAUUAUGCCUGUCUCGCCGAGUGCCUCUCCUUCCUCCACACUGCGGUUGUCUCCCUCGUCUUCGGCCAAACACCAAUCCAUAACUUCAGAGGAACCACCCUUGGACCCAACAAAGUGUGAGGUCAUUCCUGGCCAGGAGACAACGGUGGAAAUUAACAAAGACAAGAUGGGUCUUGGGCUCAGCAUAGUGGGUGGAUCAGACACGCUGCUGGGAGUGAUAAUAAUACAUGAGGUGUAUCCAGAUGGUGCUGCUGCCAAGGAUGGCCGCCUCAAACCAGGGGACCAGAUCCUGGAGGUGAACAGCGAGGACUUCCGGAGCAUCACUCACAGCAGAGCGUUAGCAGCACUGCGACAAACUCCUGCCAAGGUGAAGAUGGUGGUGUUCCGAGAUGAAGCCUCUGUGAAGGAGGAGGAUAUCUUCAAUGUGAUGGAGGUUGAGCUCACCAAGAAGCCAGGAAAGGGGCUGGGCCUCAGUAUAGUGGGUCGCAAAUAUGGGAAUGGUGUUUUCAUUUCAGAUGUGGUGCAUGGGGGCACUGCAGAGGCAGAUGGCCGCCUCAUGAAAGGUGAUCAGAUACUGGCCGUCAAUGGUCAAGACCUGAAGAGCGCCACUCAAGAGGAGGCAGCUGCCGUCCUCAAGACUGCAAUGGGCAAAGUGACUAUGAGGCUAGGGCGCCUCAAGGCCAGCUCGAAGCGGAGCUCAAACACAGACAGGAGCAGUAAUGUGACACCACAGCCUCAGACACGCACUGUGAUACUCGAACGUGGGCCAGAUGGACUGGGAUUCAGUAUUGUGGGUGGUCACUGCAGCCCACAUGGUGAUCUGCCAAUCUAUGUUAAAACCGUAUUUGAGAAAGGAGCAGCAGCCCAUGGUGGACAGCUUCAUCGAGGGGAUCAGAUCGUGGCAGUAAACAGCAUCAGUUUGGAAGGUCUGACUCACCAGGAGGCAGUGGCAGUGCUGAAACGUGCUCAAGGCAAUGUGACACUCACCAUCCAGUCAUAGCAUGUGCAUUGUCAUGCUUUAAAUCUGUCUCUAGUGCUUUUUGAACGAGUGGAGUCCGAAGAGAAUGAGCCCGCUUCUAGUCAGUACGCCCACCCAACUCAGGAAUACAGAGUCGGUGUGAUUGGGACCACUGUUUUAUUGGAUGGGCCCCACAAGGAGCUUCAUGCCAUAGUAUAGGGUUCAGUAUAACAAAUCCCACACUAGCACUGUUGAGAGUAUUCCAGAAGACAGUGUUGUAAAGUGCAAAACAAAUUUAAUAAAUUAGUUAUUCUACGAAUGUUACAAGUUGAAAUUUUAAAUAACUCAUUAGUUGAGCAGUUAGUAUUUACAAGAGUUUAUAUCUCGUGAAAAGUGUAGAAGCUAUCUGUGAGAGAGACAGGCAAACGUCUUCUUGGUGUUAUAGAGGCCUUGACUGCUUGAACCUCCACUCACACCAAUGUGACUGCACCAACAAGAUCGCUUGUUGUGACAGUGCUCCAUAAUUCUUGUUGGUGCAUUUAUAUUGCCCUUCCCCGGUUGGUUAUUUCUUGCAUUCCAAAGCUGAGUCAUCUUACAGUAGGCUUCUUCUCUCCUGUGUAUCGAGAGUGGAGCUCUUUCCAUUUGACUACAUUACACUGCCUGUGUCGGUUCACAAGAGAUCUGCUUGCAGUGGUUGAUAGUGACAAAUAAUUUAGUGAUCGUUGGAAUCAUAUUUUAUGACAUUUAUGGUUGGUUAAUUUUUUUAUAUGUCAUGGAGAUGAAGAUUUUUGCUUUGUGUACUAGACUGUAUCACUACAUACAGUACGUCUCUUCACACUCUCACGUGGAUGUCAUUCAUAUCAUGUAUGUAUAAAUUAUUGUUAAUGCAACUGUUUCAUCCCUUGUUAUUUCUCCAAAAUGUAUUCAAGUUCUUUAGUUAGUUAUUAUGAAUUACUUCCCUCUUCCGACAUUCUGUAAUCCUUUCCACUCCUACCUGAAAGCAGUAUAGUAUGGACCAGAAUAACUUCAAUAAGCUGCUCAUCAGGUAUCAACUUCGGAAUUCAUACAUUCUUGAACACUUGAUAGGUCAACUGUUCAGGAGGUUCUCUCUGUUUUUGUGGAAUCCACCAUGAUCAUGAAAACCCAUCACUGGACCCCAUCCAGAGCCAGCUAAUCCAUGUCACAUCUUCAUGACAUAUUUCUGCAAGAUCCAAUUAUUCUUCCAUCUGCUAUUAUGUCACUCAUGAAAUUGUCCAAUCAAGUUAAUUGAUAAUUUAUUUAACAUCCAUAACUGUUACACAGGCACAGUUCAGUUGAAAACAACUGAACAGUACAUGUUGACAACUCUUAAAAAAUGUACAAGACAAUGUACAGUAAAAUCCCUUUUUGACCAAUAUCCUCUUGCUAUAGCUUACCAACCAUGGAUGAAAACUAGCAAUUCCAUAUAAAGCAAUAAAUAUACUUAAAUCACCGAAAACACAAGUCAACCAUGUAAAACAAAAGCAUCACACAUUUAGCAAAAAUAACAGUCCAAAGACCAUUUAAAUACUUCGUAUCAUAUCGAAAUUGACUUGAAUUACGAAACUACCAUCUCUCGUUAUUACUAAAAUAACUCUUGUAGAGAAUAAAAGCAGUUUUAUAAUAAAUAUUUAUUUAUUUUUAAAAACCUUAAAA